AUGAACCAGACAAUGGUAACAGAAUUCAUCCUUUUAGGAAUCACCAACCAACCACAGCUACAGCUCUUUCUUUUCACUGUGUUCCUCGUAUUUUAUCUCUUAAGUUUUGUGGGCAAUCUCAGCAUUGUAUUUGUAGUCAUUUUUGAUUAUCAUCUGCACAACCCUAUGUAUUUCUUCUUAGUUAAUCUGUCUUUUUUAGAUUUCUUCUACUCAUCCACUACGGUACCCAAAAUGCUGGCUGGGUUGGUGGUGGAGGAAAAGAGGAUAUCUUUUCAGGGGUGUAUAACUCAGCUCUACAUCUUUCAUUUUUUAGGAAGCACAGAGGCUAUGCUUCUCGCUACCAUGUCCUAUGAUAGGUAUGUUGCUAUAUGUAAUCCACUCCGAUACUGUGUUCUCAUGGCUAAAGCUACAUGCAUUCAGUUAUCUGCUAUAUGUUGGACAACUGGCUUUGUCUAUUCAUUGUCUCACACCAUUCUGACCUCCAGGUUGCCUUUCUGCAUGAUGAACAAACUCACUCAUUUUUAUUGUGAUAUUAAACCCCUUCUCAAACUUGCCUGCACUGACACCCACCUCAAUGAAAGUUUAGUGUCUAUAGUUACUGGAUUUGUAGCUCUCUUCACAUUUAUACUGAUUACAAUAUCUUAUGCGUUCAUUAGUAGGCAUCUCCUGAACAUUCGGUCCACUCACAGUAGACACAAAGCCAUAUCCACCUGCACUUCCCAUAUGACCGUUGUUUUGUUAUACUUUGGAACUGCCUUUUGCACUUAUCUGAGACCGGUCACAAAUGACUCUUUAGAGCAGGACAGAAUUACUGCAGUGCUCUUCACAGUCAUAACACCAGCAUUAAAUCCCCUUAUCUAUGCACUUAGAAACAAAGAUGUGAAAAGAGCUUUAACAAAAAUGUUUUUAGGAAACUUGGGAACUGCUGGGAAUCGUAUUCCAUAUGAAAUGACAUUGUACAAAAUAUCAAGAGAGGGACAGGAAGUGACCUUGGUAGAAAAUAGCCACACUACAAAGAAGAAGACAUCCAAGCGAGCUCUUGAAAAAGGCUACACUCUUAAACUCCAAAAAAUAUAA